UUAUUCUCUGUGAUUUUAGCUAUUAUAUUUUCUGCUAGGACAUGUACAUGUAGCACUUUUCCGUAGAGCUGAGUUGAAAACACUGGUUGAUUUGCAUGGUAAUGAGUUAUGUGAGGGGAACAUUGGGACUUUGGAGGAAUGGACCGUGGAGAUGAUCAAGCUGCAGUGCUAAACCCUGGGAACAAACCAUUAACACAGAUUACUGAAGAUGAUUCAUUUAGAGAAUUUGAAUUCAGACAGUAUCUUUUUGCCUGCCAAGCAAAGCUGUUAUUCAAGUUGAAUCGUCCCUUUGAGGUUGCAUCAAGGGGCUAUUCAUUUAUUAUCGGCUUUUCAAAGGCAUUGGCACUGCAUGAGAGUAUGUUACCCUUCUGUAUGCGUGAAGUUUGGGUGAUAACUGCUUGCUUGGCUUUAAUCAAUACAAUUGCUUCUCAUUAUAGUGAUGGACAAGUGGCACCUGAUAUAGAAACAGAGUUUUUUCACCUUCAAGGUGAUCUUUAUUCACUAUGCCAGAUUAAGUUCAUGAGGCUUGCAUAUUUAAUUGGUUAUGGAUUAGAUAUAGAAAGAAGUCCUGUCAACAGUGCUUCACUCAGCAUGCUACCUUGGCCUGAUGUUUCAUCUGAGGUGUUUGAGAAGGAAAAGGUGAGAUGA